AUGGCCGCGGCUUUACCUUUGGCGGCAUUCAAGCCCCCAUCUCGUCUUCGAGCUCAAUCUUUCGGAUACUGCUUUGCGAAAACCGACUCACUGAGAGGAACUCAAAGUUGCUCCCCCGCUCUCCUAAUCGACAGGCUACCAUCGAAAUGCGCCACGACGCAAACCGGUGAACUGCUCAACUACUAUUCCAUGGUGAACACACAUCGAGCAGGAGUCAGAAUAUGGCCAACGAUGUACGUGAAUGGGGUGUUCUUCGAUCGAAGCUACCCCGUCGACCAGAAGCUUUGUGAGCAGACGGCUUGGUGCUGA